AUGAAGACUACUAUCUUUACCUCCGCCCUUCUCCUUGGCUCUACUGCCUUGGGUAGCGCUGUCCCAACCGCCGGCAAGAAGGUCGACUACAAUGGCUUCAAGGUCCUGCGCGUUUCUAGCACCGACGCUGUCAAGAGCCAAAUCGAGAACUUGGCUACCCACAUCCUCAACCCUGGCAAGUCUGCCGAACUGGAUGUAGUUGUUGCACCCGAAAACGUCGCGGCAUUGACUGCAUUGGUUUCUGAGAGCAAGGUCAUCAACGAGGACGUCGGUGCUGCCCUCAAGGAAGAAGGCGAGAUGGGAAUUUAUGCUGUUCCCGCCGAGUCGUGGUUCACAGCAUACCACCCAUACGCCGACCAUCUUCAGUUCCUCCGCGAUCUGCAAGCCGGUUACACCAGCAACUCCGAGAUCGUGACCCUUGGUAACUCAGUCCAAGGACGUACCUUGACCGGUAUCCACAUCUGGGGUAGCGGCGGCAAGGGAUCCAAGCCUGCUGUCAUUAUCCACGGAAACGUUCACGCGCGAGAGUGGAUCACUUCGAUGACCACUGAGUACUUCGCGUGGCAGCUUCUGACCAAGUACGCCUCCGACUCAAGCAUCAAGGCUCUCGUCGACAAGUUCGACUUUUACAUCACCCCCAUUGUCAACCCUGACGGAUUCGUUUACUCGCAGACCACGGACCGUCUCUGGCGCAAGAACCGCCAGACUGUCAGCACCAGCACAUGUGUUGGCCGCGAUAUCAACCGCAACUGGCCAUACAAGUGGGAGGUAACUGGCGGAGCCUCCACCAGCCCUUGCUCGGAAACCUACAAGGGUCAAGCCGCUGGAGACGCCCCCGAGAACAAGGCUCUCAAAGCCCAAGUCGAUGCUCUCAAGGCCACUCGCGGAAUCAGCCUCUACCUCGACAUACACUCCUACGGCCAAUACAUCCUCUGGCCCUACGGCUACAACUGCAGCCUCCGCCCGGAAAACGACGCUCAGCACCGCAGUCUCGCCACUCGCGCUCAAACCGCUAUCCGCGCCGUUUCAGGAACCGCCUACACCAUUGGCCCCAGCUGCUCUACUCUCUAUGCCACCACUGGUUCUUCCACCGACUACACCGAUGUCGAGGGCAAUGCUACCUACUCGUACACUUAUGAGCUCAGGGAUACCGGUACAUAUGGAUUUUCGCUCCCUGCCAACCAGAUCCGCCCCACUGUUUUGGAGACUUGGGCUGGUUUCACGAGCAUGCUUCGUGAUGCUUAG